GCGUAGGAGGGGCUCGGCCGUGCCUAGCCAGGCAGCAACCAGCAGGGGCUGUGGCUGCUUAACUUCUGUUAGCGUGGAAAGAGAAUCUGCCGGGAGAUCCCUUCUCCCCUUCUUCCGUGUGGUGGUCACUGCGGCUCCCGCAGGCCAUAUUCAGAUGGGUUUGGUGUGGUGCUUCCUUCCUUAGCUGGGGACUAAUGCCCCAGAACCUUCGGGAGAAGAGCCAGGUCUACCAGCGACACCGAUCUGGUAGCAACGCGGGCCCCAAAAGCCUCAAAGCCAUCCCAGCAGGAACCAUGUACACUUUCCUGCCUGACAAUUUUUCACCUGCCAAACCCAAGGCCUCCAAAGAGCUGAGCUAGCCGAGGUCCGCGUUGGGUACCAGUCACAGAACAUCUCCUGCUUCUUCCGCCUGGUGGACCGCGACUCGGUAUGGGGCUACGACCUGGGCCUGCGCUCUCUUAUCCCUGCUGUGCUCACGGUCAGUAUGCUGGGCUAUCCGUUCAUCCUGCCCGAUAUGGUGGGGGGCAACGCGGGGGGGGAGCGCACAGCCGGCCGCCAAGAUGGGCCGGGGCCGGAGCGCGAGCUCUACGUGCGCUGGCUUGAGGUUGCGGCCUUCAUGCCUGCCAUGCAGUUUUCAAUCCCGCCCUGGCAGUACGACGCAGAAGUGAUAGCCAUCGCACACAAGUUCGCUGCUCUGCGCGCCUCGCUAGUGGCGCCACUGCUGCUUGAGCUCGCUGGUGAGGUCACCGACACUGGCGACCCCAUCGUGCGCCCCCUGUGGUGGAUCGCUCCAGGGGAUGAAACGGCUCACCGCAUCGACUCGCAGUUCCUUAUCGGGGAUACGCUGUUGGUGGCGCCGGUGCUGGAGCCUGGUAAGCAAGAGCGCGAUGUCUAUUUGCCCGCCGGCAAGUGGCGCAGCUACAAGGGUGAGCUUUUUGACAAGACACCGGUGCUGCUCACGGAUUACCCCGUGGACCUGGAUGAGGUCGCCUAUUUCACCUGGGCGUCCUGACCCACUUUCAAGACCCAGGAAUCCCACAGUCCUGACUCCAGCCUUCAUGCAGAUUUUUAAUCCUUUACCACACCCGAAGGGUGCACCCUCAGGAAGUUCCCACCUCUAGGAAAUGGGCACUGACAAAAUGGGCACUGACUGAAAAGUGCUCCGGCCAACAGCAGUAGGUGAGACCUGGAAGGGGAAGUACGGAAACAACCUCCUGCCCCAGUGCACACUCCUGACAGCGCCUCACCCCCACCCUGGACAUAGAGAACAGAAACCUCUUCCCUGGGUUGGAUGGCCCGGGAACUCAGGAAAAGUCUGUUCUUUCUAUUACAAGGGUCUGGUUUUAAAAAGCACACAGAAACAUCUCUCCUCCCACUGGCCUUUGUAGCCCUUUGUCCUCUAAGGUGAGGAACCGAUGCUCUUCAAAAAGUUCCCAAAUAGUUUUCUACCAUAUUAUUUAGAAAGUGUACCUUUAGAUGGGCAGUGGUGGCGCACGCCUUUAAUCCCAGCACUUAGAAGGCAGAGGCAGGCGGAUCUCUGAGUUCAAGGCCAGCCUGGCC